UUCCAGAGAAUAUGAGAAGGGAGUUAGUAUUUGUGUUUCCAUGGGAAGCAUGGUGCGUGUUGUCAAAGAAUUCACGCUUUCUUCUUGCACGCGGUGAGGCUUGGAGUUCCGUGAACUUUAGACCGAGUAAGUUUUUAAGGUAUAACACAUUUUAGACUGUUUUGUGGCUUCGAUCAAAAGAGAAGAAGGUCCUUGAUCCGGGGUAUUUUCGAAAUGGUUAUGUCAUAGUGCAGCAGUUUGUGGAGGAAUUAUUCAAAUUGUAUAAUGACUAUUGGAUUUUAGACGCAUUUGUAAGAUUUUGUUUCUUAGUGAUCACGUUUUAGCUUGUCAAUUGCGUUUCCAUUUCUGCGCUUCUUGCAUACUCGUGAGCACAAAUUGCAAGUGUCGCAACAAUGAACUGUAAUCUCUUCAUUCGAUUGAAAAUAGAUUUCUCCGUUUUUUAUAUAUUGAAAUUGCUUUUGUGAGUCUUUUCAGGUCAAGUGUGUUUUCUUUUUUUGUUGCUAACUCGGUUUGUCGUUGACGGCUUCAGUGGUUUAGAAUUGCACAGGUCAGCAGGAGCCUGUGAUUACAGAGAAUGGAAAGUCAAGAGCUAUUAUGCAGAUUCAUGAAAUAAAUCCUUUUGGUGGCUACUUUUCUCCAUGUCGAUGGCAGGCUUCUAAGGAUAGCGAGUUAGAAUUUUUUUGAUUAGAAGUAAGGUCCGUAGGAAAAUGGACACAUUCGUUUGAUUGUCCGAAUGUGGAAUGUAGUUAUGGAAACUUACAUUAAUUAGAACGAUCAAGAAUGGAUCAUUUAUACAGAGUUGCCACUUGUGGAUUCUCUCCGAGGAUCUCUACAUUUUUGGAGCUAUUUGUGUGGCGGCACUGUAUUGGUGCGAAGGGCGUCCUAAGAACAUUAAGGCAUCGCCAAGCUCCUUUGGUCGGGUCGCUCGACUCUGCUCCUCUAUGAGUAAUCGGCUCAAAAGUUUUUUGAAUGACAAAAGACUCUCCUGCUCCAUGAUCCCUUGGACACAUGGUUUGUAUGUCGGUGGCAGGCCGUUGAGCAUCGUAUGUGCGAUGCGGUCCUCUGAUAGAAUUUCCCCCGUACACUCGUUGGUACUUUAACUCCCUGGUACAUCUUAUUUACUCCGUCAUUGGUUGCGUGUCUUUGAGCCGUAGUGCCUGUAGCUGGUCGAACAGAUUGAUUGUUCGGGUUGUGUUUUUGCUUUCAAAGAGUUCGUGGAGAGUGCGCCAACAUUUGGCUGGGUCCAUCUUGGUGGCAAUGUGGUGUAUUAUCUUUGACGGAGCUGAAGAUCAUAAAGAGGGCCUUCAAUUUGUAUCUCUUGACAGUUUCGGGCGUGCUUGCGGGAGGACAACUUAAUGGAUCAAUAUUGGAAUGGAACACCUAGUUGUGCAAAUGUGGAAGUAUCAUCAAAGAAGGCUCCCAUUGCAUGGCAUUUUUAUCCUAAACCAUCCUCAAUUAUCCUCCGAAUCAACCAACACCCUCUUUCACUUGAAGUUUAUCUACCCGAGGAAAUUUUUCCGAGUUCCUCAGCAACAAACUCUUCAGAUUCAGACAGCAUCUGUGGUGGAGCGUCGCGGUCACCCAGCACAGUGAAUAAGAGAUCAUUUGAUGAGGACUCCGAUGCUGAGAGCAACUACACUGCUGACGGGGAGGACUCCAGACGAAUUUUGUCGACUUGCAGGUGUAGUAGAAGGAGCUGUGAAAGUUUGUAUGAUAGAGAAACAAGAAGCAUCUCUCGUGGCCUUGCUGCGAGGCGCAAUAUUGGGCAUCCGGCCAUUGAGCAACAUCUGCUUCAGUUUGUAAAUUUACUGGAGGGUUCUGACUUUGGAAACGCUUACUUUUCACACGAUCUCAUGCAAGCAUCUCACUUUCCGUGUAGUGCUUCAACUGCAUCUGUUGCAGUGCUUUCAACCAAUGCAGAUCAUGUAUUAAGGUUGUGAACUCAAUCUUAUCAUCAGCUCAAGGUUUUGCCCCCACUUCAAGCAGCGAGAAAAGGCCCAUGGACAAACCAAUCGUGUUUUGCAAUUGAAACGAAGCGCAGAUGUAAUUGAUGGGAUUUUGGCUCUAGGUUUAGGCGAACGACGUCAAAUGUAUAUGAUGGGAUUUUGGUUUGCUCCACAAGUACACAGAAACCUGGGGAGUGCAACCUCUAAUGUCAAAAUACUUACAUUGGAAUGCCUAGGAUUUGUUUUGAACUAUAA